AUGGAUUUCGUUUAUGAAGAAGUUGCAGCAUCUGAGAAGAAGGAGGUGAAGGUUAAUAGUACUGACCACGAUGAUAAGACGGAAGAGGCGUUUGAGAAAUUUGAACAACAUGUGGAUAAACAGUACCAGCGUACUACUGAUGCUAUUAAGAAGUUCCUAGGUGAUGAUGAGUACAUAGAAAUGAAUCUACCUUUAAAUCCUAAACUCACUGAAAAGGCUCAGGAUCUAUUAAAGAAACUUGAUACAAAUUUACAGACUGUAGAACAUGCUGCUCAGUGUUAUUGGGGUCAAAUAUCACAGAAGUCGUUUUGGUCGACUAUGACUGACUCCCUAACUAGCGGCCUUAGCAAUGUAGCCAACAUUAUGGAUGACAAUAUAAUCAAUCCCCAACAUAAUAAUUCCAGUUUAUCCAAGAAUGAUGAUAUUGCAGCAGCAGCAGCAGCAGCAGGAAACAGGACAGAAUCCCAACUAAAACAACUAUCAUCCGAUAAGAACAUAUAUCUAGAUAAUCAAGACAAACUGCCAAGUGAUUUCAGCGUUGGAAAACAUACAGAUGAAAUAUCCACUAUUUUGAAAAAUGACUUAGAGUUAAGUACAUUAAUGAGUACAAUUGUUCCUGAGAAAAUUACAUAUAGGGACUUCUGGGCUACCUACUUUACAAAAAGAGAUAAUGUUUUGGAGAUGGAGAAGAAUAGGAAAGAGCUCUUAGAAAAUUUGGAUUCUGAUGAUAGAAUGAAACCAGAAGUAGCAUGGGAUGAUGAAGAUGGAGACGAUGAAGAAGAGGCCAUAGAAAUAGUUGGGUCUGAAGAUGGUAUAGAAGAGCCCCUAAAUCUUAGAAGUGCCAAUGGCAGCAGCCAAAAUCUUGCCAGUGACGAGGAUGACGAUGAAUGGGAAUAA